GUUCGUUCGCUAGAAUGGGAGCACACGGCCGCUCCAAUUCGCCAGAUCCAAUGCGUCCGUCCGAUGCGCUCAUGUCGGUCGAGUUUCUCAUAUCAUCAUUGAAUGCAUUGUCUGCUUCCCUGUGCUAUGCCACCCCACCCACAAGUCGAUCUCCAUAUUUCUCUCUCUCUCUCUCUCUCUGUCUGUGGCUAUCCACACACACACACAUCACAUCAGUGACUGUCCGCCGCUCGCCGCUCGCCCAUCAAUCCACUUGUGUGCGUGUUGGGUGUCGUGUGGAGCGCUGCGUGCAGUGCCUCCCCGGUGUGGCAUUUGGUGAGGAAGCUGUGCAGUGGCUCAGGGCAAUAUGCCCGCGACACACCGCCGUCGGCACGCUGCACACAGACAGACACACAGAGGGACAGACAGGCGCCAAGCCAAUCAAUCGGUCAGCCAACCGAUCAGCGCACGGACCUUCCAGAUGUCGACAACGUAGUCGACUCUGAGGAUGUCGUCGCGCGUCAGCUUGCCCUCGUCAUACAUCACACGGCACCUGACAGACAGACAGACAGACAGACAGGUGGACCAUCCCAGCGGCCCACCCUCCAUCCAGCCACUUACCUGUCGAGCAGCUCAACAAUCAGCUCGCGGUGGCCCUCUGUCUCCACCCUAAGCGACAGAUAUACCCACACAAGCACAAAGCCGGCACAGCACACACAGCCGGCCACUUAUGGGGUGGGAUCUCCCACAUGAGCGCCGCUGACGCACGCACCUGUCGAGUCUGAGUGUCGGCUGGCAACAAAGGGCGGCCGUGUGCAGCAGAAAACUCGGCGCGAAGAAUUCCAGCUUCCUAACGGAUAGAUGUGUCGUGGGUGUUGGGGGGGGGCUGUGAGUAGGUGCCCACCUGAGCAUCUCCCGCGCCACGAGUCGGCUCAGCGCGGUGGCAAACCUCCGGCCUUUGCCGCACGGCAGCACCGCGUCCGGACACUCUGCGACCACGCACACAAAAGUGACCAAAUGGACACUCAAUCGUGCUUGCUGGAAUGGCUGGGUGGCUGACCGUCUUCGUAUCUGCGCCAAUUGAGCCGGUGGAGUGCCGUCACAAAGGUGGACAGAUUCCUGCACCAAUCAGUCAAUCAAUGCAUCCACGCAGCCACACGACAGACAGACAGCCAGACCGGCAUGUGUGUCCGUUGAUCUAUCGGUUCCAUCGAUGCCGACCUACCGGGCGUCGAGUGCAGCGAUUCGGAAGAAGAGCAUGUGGAUGAAGGUCACAAACACGGGGGGCAGGGGGGGCAGCGGGGCAGCCGACCCACCGGCGGCAGGGGGUGGGGAACAUGGCUGAUGGCAGCACACACACACACACAUAUACACACAGACAGAGAGAGAGAGAGUGCACACGUCAUUUGUCUGUGGUCUUUCCGUACGUUGAGUUUCUGUAUACGCGUCAUCAUUUCAAGAGUGGAGCACGCCACCGAGGGCGUGAACUCGCCGAUGCGCUCGAUGCACUUGCUGCACCCACAAGUGACAGGGGUCUGUCUGCCCACAUCCGCCCACGCACCCACACACCCACGUGGUGAGGACAUGGAGCAUCCGGUCGAACAGGUCAUCGGGAAUGGGCGGCGCCGCCCCUCUCGUCCCCGGCCAACCUGUCGAGUUACGCAAACAGACACACAGACACACAGACACACAGACAGACAGACAGACAGACGGAAUCCCUGCUAUCGUGUGAGCGGAUGGGUCAGUUAGGUACUCACCUCCGCCCGCCAUGGCGGCCAUGACGGCCGUGUCGACCAGGCCCAGGUAGUUCAGCUCGUCUGAUCGCUUCAGCAACGCCUGAUCACACACAAAGGGACCGCUGCGUGUGUGUGUCUGUGGAUGGAUGGAUGGAUGGAUGGGUACGUGUUGGGGAGGUGGCUGGCUACCUCGACUAGUGCGGGAACUGGUCCGAAGUGCUGCAGGCGAAGGAAACCGUCGGCCACCCACGUCAGGCAGUGGGACGGGACCGUGCCUUCGAUGUCAGCCACACCACACCACACCACACCACACACAGAUGUGCAGGCGCGUCUGUGGUUACGCUCACCGCCGUCGAUUGGUUUGCUGCUGCCGUCGUUAUCGCCCUCGUCCCACUCGUCGCUCAUGCAGCCUCCCCUGCACAUAAACACACACACACAUCUGAUGUCUCAGUGCUCAUCCAUCCAUCCAUCCACCCACCUGUUGACAAAGUGGAUGUCCUGCUGUUCAUCCUGUUGCUGCUGUAGUGGCUGUUGUCGUUGCGUUGGCUUGCCCCGUUUGGGCUCCACCAGCAGCGGGGGCACCAGGGUGCGGUCGAAGUGCUCCAACAGCUGUUGGCAUCAGUCAAUCCGUGCAUCCACACGCACGCAGAGUGCGCCGUCGUCAGUGAGUGACUCCACCCACCACCCCUUGUCCCACCCACCUCAGGCCCAGGUCUGCACCCCAGGUUGGCCAGGCUCCUCACCAGCUGCACGCACAUUCGCACACCCAUUCACCGAUUUAUAUAUUCGCCCGGUCGCUCACCAGGCACUGCAGGUCGAACGGCAGUCUGUCCAUCAAGGUCUCCAAGCGAGGCAGCAGCGCGUUUAUCAGCGGCUCGUGACGGUACUUGGCCCGCGCAAAAGCCUACGCACACACAACACACCAGCACACAGAAUGGAUGGAUGGACGAGUGACUGACUGCUGUUGGUGUGUGGAUGCGGUUGGUACGUGCAGGAUGAAGACACAGCCCUUUGGGUCGAGGUAGUGGGAGGUCUUGGUGAUGGUCUCGGCUAUCGACCGAAACAAAGGCUCGUACCGGUACUCGUAUAUCACCCUGUUGGUGCAGUCGGAUCACAGCACACACCCUUCUGUCUGUCUGUCUGUCUGUCUGUCUGUCUGCAUGUGGGCGCUGUGAGUUUGUCGUUUGGUGUCCCUGACUGACGCGAAGUCUUCGAUGAUGAGUUUGAUGACGUUGAGCUGCAGGUGCGAGUGCCGCUUGGUCAGCGUGUCGGCUAUGGUGAAGAACCACGGGCGGUGAACCAGCUCCUGCACACACACACACACACACACAAAAUCACAAUCACAAUCAGGCGCAGGCAGGUCCAUGGCGCGUGCGCGCGUGUGUGUGUGUGUGUGUGUCUGUGUGUGUGCUUGCCUGUUUGUGGACCAUUGAUCUGAGGAAUCGGUGCAGCUGCAUACCGCCAAGACUCUCCCAUUCCUGCCCACGGGCGUCACACGCAGGUCACACAUACGUGUGUGACCUGACUGACUGGUGGGCCGACCUUCAUUGUCUUGUCAAACAGUGUCGGGAGCAGCUCGUCGCCCCCCCCAAAGUCACUCUUGGUGAUAAAGUAAGCGAUCUCAGCUGACACACACACACACACACACACUCACUCACUCACAGGCUGGCUGGCCGAGUGACUGACUGACAGGCGCUUGCCUGCAUGGCUGGCCGACAGCUGAUCGACAUUCCUCGCGGCCUCGCGCAGCAGGCGCGUCCACCUGCCGAUUGUCGCACCCACCUGACAGCAAGCAUCCAAGCAACCCACACACAUCCAUCCAUCCAUCCACAGACAGUCAGACAGACAGACAGAGAUGGACUUACGCGCAUCGUGUGUGCACGUCUGACUGACUAACCUGUGCCCUCCGGUGGUGCCACUCAAAGUCGCUCACGAGCGUCGCCAGUGAGCCGUUCGACGAAAGGGCCGCACGGUCCCUCACAAACCUGUAGGCCGAAGCAGCGUCAUGAUGCACUCACUGCACCGCAGCUCAAUGAAUGAAUCACCCACCCACCUGUCCUGGUCAUGCGUGGCGAAUGCCCGCCUCGCCAUCCGUCCCGUCGGCAGCUGCAUCCGCCGACGGGCGUGCAACGUCGCCAUCGCCGUUGCAGAUCUGCUCGGAUCAGACCAUGUCAAUCAUCACGCUGCAUGGCAGGUGCUCAGAUCUGCCUAUGAGAUCCAUCGAGUCGUCAGGAGCACGGCUCUUGCGGACGUCCGACCUUGCUCUCGAACGGGCCGAGGCCUUGGCUACGUGCUCGCAGCCG